AUGUCGAUCUUGCCCGAGGUAUCAGCUCCAGAGCGCAAGGGUAAGCAUCUCACUCUCUUGAGUGACAGCCGCCGCAGCGUACGCAUGCUGAUCACUUGUGCUCUGUUGCCCGCAGUACCAUUUCAGUCUCGUAUAGCGUGGACAGCUAUCGUCUUAGGAAUCUUCUUGGUCUCUUCCCAAAUCCCGCUUUACGGUAUCAUGUCAUCUGAUUCUUCGGAUCCCCUCUACUGGAUGCGUGUCAUUCUCGCCUCCAACAGAGGUACACUCAUGGAACUUGGCAUCUCGCCCAUCGUCACUAGUGGUAUGAUCAUGCAGCUCUUGGCCGGUGCCAACUUGGUCGAGGUAGACUUCAGUCUCAAGGAAGAUCGCGCUCUUUUCGGCGGUGCUCAGAAGCGUGAGUGAACCGGACUAUUCUUUGCACAAGCACACACUCAACAUCCUCCUUCCCGUCGCAAUCGCAGUCUUCGCAAUGAUUAUCUCGCUUGGCCAAGCAACGGUGUACGUGCUGACGGGGCUCUAUGGCCAACCGGCGGACCUGGGAGCAGGUGUCUGCCUUCUGCUCAUCUUGCAGCUCGUCGUAGCCGGCCUGAUCGUCAUCCUCCUCGACGAGCUCUUGCAAAAAGGCUAUGGUCUGGGCUCUGGCAUCUCUCUUUUCAUUGCAACAAACAUUUGCGAGUCGAUUGUUUGGAAAGCCUUUUCACCCACUACCAUCAACACUGGGCGUGGCCCCGAAUUCGAAGGUGCUUUGGUCGCACUCUUCCACCUGCUCUUCACUUGGAACGAUAAGACUCGGGCACUCAAAGAAGCUUUCUAUCGCGAACGUCUUCCAAACGUCAUGAAUCUGGUGGCCACCUUAGUGGUCUUCUUGGUCGUGAUCUACCUCCAAGGUUUCCGCAUCGAAAUUCCAGUCAAGUCCAACCGAUUCAGAGGUCAACGAGGAACGUACCCAGUGAAGCUCUUCUACACUUCCAACAUGCCCAUCAUGCUGGAGAGCGCGCUGACGUCCAACGUCUUCAUCAUCUCUCAAAUGCUCUUUUCUCGCUUUCCCAAGAAUUUGGGAGUGAAAUUGUUGGGGACUUGGGAACCCAUGGAAGAUUCACCUCAGCUGCACGCCAUCAGCGGUAUCUCUUACUACAUGUCGCCUCCACACACUUUCAAGGAAGUCGUUGGAGAUCCUGUCCACACUGCGGUCUACAUCAUCUUUACCUGCACCGCUUGCGCCCUCUUUAGCAAAGCUUGGAUUGAAGUCAGCGGAAGUGGACCUAGAGAAGUUGCUAAGCAGCUCAAGGAGGCUCAAAUGGUUAUGGCUGGACACCGAGAGGGCGGUAUGUACAAGGAACUGAAGCGCGUCAUUCCUAGCGCUGCUAUGCUCGGAGGCGCUACGAUUGGUGCUCUCUCGUGAGUGUGUUGGGUCAUGCGAGCAAUCGCCUUCGCACACUUGUCUAACGUCAUCUGGUCCACUUCCUUCUUGCUUUGCGCUCGGCAGCGUCGCUGCAGACCUCAUCGGAGCAUUUGGUAGCGGUACUGGAGUUCUCCUCGCAAGCACCACAAUCUUUGUAAGUCGAGCGAGAUAGGCUGUCGUUGCGAUAUACCACUGAUCCAACUGUGCCACACUUUGCGCUCGCCCGCACCUCACAGUCUUACUUUGAGCUCGGUGAGUCGUGCUUCGCGUGUCUGAAUGGGUCGCGCGCGGUCAAAUGCUGACCACGCUGUGCGUGCUUGCACUGCCACAGGUAUGCGCGAGAUGGGAGGAGCAGAAAUGGGCGCGAUGGGAGAUCUCAUUGGGUAA